AAUCGGAUGCAAACCUAUUUAUAUUCCACUCUUUUAUUCCUUCUCACUUCCGCUCUUCCCCUAUCCUUUCAAUCUCUCUCUCCGCCGCUCCGUUCACUUCAAACCCUUCACCGGCGUUCGAAAACCCUAGGCCCUAAUUUCUCCCCAAUCGGUUAGGGUUUAGCUCCGUAAGAUCGUUAUUUAUUUUUAUCCGUCAAUUUAUCUGAUAAAAGUUAGAUUCGGAGGAAUGGCGAGUUCGACUACGAGCAAUGUUUACAUCCACGUCAUCGAAGAUGUCAUCAGCAAGGUCCGUGAUGAGUUCAUCAACAACGGUGGUCCCGGAGAGAGUAUCCUCAACGAGCUCCAAGGAUUGUGGGAGAUGAAAAUGAUGCAUGCUGGGGCUAUAUUGGGUACAACAGAGAGGAAUUCAGCUCCGAAAGGGACAGGUCCAAUAACAACCCCUGUUCAUGACCUUAAUGUGCCUUAUGAAGGCACUGAGGAGUAUGAAACUCCCACUGCCGAUAUACUGUUUCCUCCCACUCCAUUGCAGACUCCGUUGCCUGGUACCGCCCAGACACCGCUACCUGGAACAGCGCAGACGCCCCUCCCGGGAACUGCCCAAACACCUCUUCCUGGAACAGCAGAUAGCAGCUCAAUGUAUAAUAUUCCUACAGGUGGCAGUACUCCCUUUACACCUAAUGAGUACUCUUCUUUGAAUGAUACUGGUGGUGCAACUGAGAUGAAAGGCGGUCCAGGGAGACCUAGUCCAUUUAUGCAACCACCCUCCCCUUGGUUGAAUCAAAGGCCUCCCCUUGAUGUUAAUGUUGCUUAUGUCGAAGGACGAGAAGAAGUUGAUCGCGGAGCUUCUCAGCAACCCAUGACCCAGGACUUCUUUAUGACGGCUGCUGGAAAGCGGAAAAGGGAAGAUUUUGCAUCUCAAUAUAACAAUGGGGGAUACAUACCUCAACAGGAUGGUGCUGCAGAUUCAAUAUAUGACAUCAUGAAGGAUAGUGAAGGCAGCAAUUUUCAGCUUGAGUUGGUGACGUCUAUCCAGGCUGCUGCUUCUAGAAUUCCUCAAGUUGAUGGUCCAACCGACCAUUAUGACGAAGCGCUUUCGACACCCAAUGUAAGUUUUCUUCUUUUAUGUAUCAUCGUCAUCCAAAGUCAUAUUCACUUGCUAUACAAAGAUCAUGUGUUUGUCCUAUUUAUUCAAGCAUAGUUACCCUCUUGAUUGCACAUGCGGCAUUUUA